AUGGAAAAACAAAAACGUCAGAUAUUACUAUUUCUCGAUAAUGCUCCAGUGCAUCCACCUGAUAUAAUAUUGAAGAAUAUAACAUUGAAAUUUUUUCCAUGUAACUCAACUGCUUUGGUCCAACCCAUGGAUCAAGGUGUUAUUAAAACAUUUAAAGCUCAUUAUCGACGACAACUUGUACAACAUAUUAUUGCUAGUGCUGAUGUUGCACAUACAGCUGAUGACAUUGUUAUUACAGCGCUGGACGCUAUCUGUUGGAUAGAUUUAGCAUGGAAAUCGAUUACGGAAUUAACUAUACAAAAUACAUUUAAACGAGCCGGUUUUCAAAUAUCAAGUGGUGCAUCAGACUCAAUAUCAAGAGAAACAACAACAGCUGAUGAAGUUAUUGUUGCACAAGAACAAGAAUAUUUAAAUGAACUUGAUAAAGUAUUGAAGUAUGUAAAAGUUGGUGGUGAUACUAUGUCGGCUUCUGAUUUUAUCGCUGUCGACAAUAAUUUGCCAGUUUUCAAUGAGUUGGAUAAUAAUAAUGAAAAUAUUCUAUUAGUUAAUGUUGUUUCAAAUGAUGAUACAUUAAAUGAUGAAGAACCAGAUAUCGAAAAACCACCUUCAAUUCCAGAAUCAAUACAAAUGGUUCAUCGUUUAAAAUUAUUAUCAUCAAGUCAAUAUCCAGAACUGCAUUCAUUAUUAAUACAAUUACAGUCGAAGCUAAUUGAUGCUUAUUUAGAUUCAAACAUUGUGAAGCAAAAAUCUAUUCUAGAUUUUUUUAAACCUAUUCAACCAGGAACUGUACAUCGUACUUAA